UGUAACAAUAAUAUCUUUGAGUCAUAUGACCGAUAGGGCGUAAGAAGUGAGAGUUUUGGUGCAAAUUUGGCUGGAAUUGUGGAACAUAUAGCCAGAAUGAUGUUCAAUUUGUAUGUGGUUGUGCUGUGUAUUUCCUUUGUUGGGACGAACUCCGAAUACAUACCUGUAUUAUUGUGGCAGCCUGAUGAAGUUAAUGGUAAAGUUGCUGGAUCUCCACCUUCUCUUGCAAAAGUUAGUGUUGAACAAUUUUCGGACUAUUUUUCAAAGAAGAUUGGUGAGCGGAAACAUAUUGUGGUAUUUCUGGAAGAGAACUUAAGUAUGGAAGAUUUUGGAGGUUUGAAUUUGGAUGACACUUUCAGUAGCUUGAAAAAUAUAACCAGUUCAUCUCAUGUUAAUUUUCUGCCAUCUGUCCAAUCUCCUUAUAAAGCCUUGAAAACUUUGGGACUGAAAAUGAAAGCUGUGAAUGUUAAGGACUUUGAUUACACGUUUCCAAAAGCAGGAAAAAGUAUCUUGGUGUUUAAACUGGGCGACGCUCGGUCAGAAGAAGAUCGUCCAGACUUCUUAAAGCGUCAUGAUAAUAUAAUUGGUGAAGUAUAUAACAGUUUGGUUAACAAAUAUGAUGAUGUACUUGCUGUAUACACAGCCCAUCAUUCAUCGUGGAUAGAACCAUAUUUAAAACCCAAUGUUCGCAGGGUUAGGCAGUUGUUAGAAACCAGCAGUGAACUCGAAACUAACGGUAGCUUCUGGAAUCGGAAUAAUACCCUUGUGUACACCAAACGCCCACCUGUCUUUCGUCAUGGAACCGACGAAAUUAAUAUUACUGAUGUGAUAUCGGUAACCACUUCAACAAUAGCAGGCAAUGUCAUGUUAAGUGUUAGAAUGAAGAGUUCUGUUUCCAUGAGACUUACUUUUAGUAAAUCUAGCGGGUACUGGUCCUUCGAUAAAAUUGAAGUGAAGAACGACACGCAAAAUUAUACCGUUUUGCCAUCAGCUCCCAUAACUGCACCACUCCAUUUCUCGUACCACUGUUCCUCCAACGUUAUUUUCACAUCUAAAGACAAUGAAGCAAGUGUAACAUUUUAUGGGCUCCAAGUGGAGCCCUAUGUUUCUUCUAAUGAUACAUUUAACGACGCAUAUGACUGCGUCCCCUUUUUUUCUGCUCCAAUAUGGUCUGGUAUUUUCAUUACUGUACUUCUGGCUAUAGUCAUGAUAUGGGCCCUAACAAUGAUAAUGGAUAUCAAAACCAUGGAUCAGUUCGACAAUCCAAAGGGGAAGACAAUCACCAUUAAUGCCACUGAUUAAUUGACAUGAGGGAAAUUUGUAACAGCUAUUUCAGGUUUUUUUUUUAUUUUGGCUUGUUACUGUGCAGGUGACAUUGAAGAGCACUAAAACCAGUAAGGUUUUUGAACAAGUAGAAGUUGAAUGUGACGUGUAAGCUCACAUUAGGUAGUCACAUUGCACAAAGAAUGAAUUUUAUUUUGUAUGUUUACGAAACAUCUAAUUUUUGGUGUAAUGGUUGUUGAUUUACUGUAAUAUAAUUGAGUGUAGAUAAUGUAUAAAAGUCUUUUGUUGAAAUUGUGUGUGGGAUAUAAUGUUAAUAGCUGAUAAUAUUGUAAAAAUAUUCAUUGUUAUAUCCAUGUAAAUGCCCAUUUUUCACCAGUAUUAUAAUGUAGGAUAAUUUUUUUCAUAAAGUGAAAACAUUCCCUAUGUGUCAGCAUUUACAUAGUGAAGAUUUACUGUGAUUGUUAUAAAAGUUGGUUGCAGCUCAGCGUUACUUAAAAUAUUGGUGUUUUUUCAGUAUGUUGUGACUUUAUAUCCUUAUCCUUUAAUUUAUUCUGAGAACACAGAUUUUAUAAAUGAAACUUACCAGAGUAGAGAACUGUAGGUAUUGAACAUGUAAAAAAAAAAAAAAUGUAUAUACUAUGACUAUAUGGAGAAAUUCUGACAUAGCUUGUAAAUAUAAAUUAUACAAUAAAUUAAGUGGCAUUAUAUUGCCAUCACUUGAA